AUGAAUUUUUCCACCUCUGAGGACCUAACUAUUCAACAGUAUUACACUGAAAAAUAUGGCUCAAUCGAAAAUUUGAUUGGUAAAGCCAAGAAUGGCGAAAUCGUCGCCCAAGCAGAUCUGGGAAUGGCUUACUCAGAGGGUUUUGGCGACGUGUUGCCGAUGGACGAUGACAAAGCCAUUGGAUGGCUUAACACUGCUGUAGAAAACGGUAAUGAAUUUCCUACCGUCCUUGCAAAACUUGGUGAAUUGUUAGACAGGAAAGGAACACCACUAUAUCAGCGAAAGGCGUACGAGAUGUACCUCAGGGCAGCGAAACUGGGCUUUGGAAAUUCUCAGUUUAAUCUAGCAGAAAUGUAUCGAUGUGGGGUUAAUGGAGUCGUGAACAAAGACAUCAAGGAAGCAUUUAAAUGGUAUAAAAAAACAGCUGAUGAAGAUAUGAGUGGUGGCCAACAUGAUGCAAAGAAACCUGGUACAUUAUUAGCUGGGACGAUGAGA